AAAAGCACGUGCAAAAAAGACUGUCAAACACUCGUUUUGUACGCGGCGGUUCGUUUAUCGGCACAGCGCAUUUAAUUUUUUGAAGUUAUUCAGUGUCCGUGACCGGUUCCUUGGAGGAAAAAUGCCCGACAAAAUCGGUAUCUACGACGUGGGCGAUCGGUACGACAUGUCCGAGUCGGAGAACGAGUACGACGAACAGGAGAAAAAACUUCUGCGGAACAUUCGCACCGGCAAGGGUAAGAGAGAUGAAGAGGAAGACGAGGAAGUUCUGGGAUUCGAUGAGGACGAAGAUUAUGAAGAUGAGGAUGAGGAUGACUAUCCGGAUAUUCGGAAGUUCGAGCACGACAGUGACAUCGAGGACAAGGAGGACGAUGACGACCUACCGGAUCGGAAAGCGUGGGGCUCCAAGGCCAGGGCUUUCUACGGCGCGGAUUACGUGGAUCAGGAUUACGACAGUUUGACCGCGCAGGAAGAGGAAAGAGCGCGAUUGGAGGAGAUCGAAGCAAAGGAGAUCCAGCAACGGUUGGCUAAGGAGCUGAAUGAGGCGGACUUUUCGCUGGAUGUGUUUGUGCCGGAGCAAGAAGUGGUGGAGGAGAAGAAAGGCAAGAAGAAGAAGGAAAAGACGGAGAUUAAGCUGAAGGCGGAUUUGUCUGAUUUGAGUGAGCGCCAGAAGAGGGAAUUGUUCCGGAAGGAAGCUCCGGAAUUCGACGGGUUGGUGGAGGAUUUCGAGAGGAAUCUGGAGGAGUGUCAUGAAGUGUUGGAACCGGUGUUGAAGUAUUUGACAGAAAAGGGCGUGAAGGAUCACCCGUUUAUGGAACUGCUGAUCACGAGAUAUAAACUGGGACUGAGCUAUUGCAACAAUAUCAGCUUUUAUUUGCUGCUGAAGUCGAAGAAGAUCAAGGUAAAGAACCAUCCGGUGGUGAAGCGAAUGGUACAGAUGAAGCAGUUGCUGCUGGAGUUGGAACAGAAGUAUGAGAACUCGAUCAAGUCGCAGGUGGAGGAACUUCUGGGGCAUAUAGCUGCCGGUGAUGAGUUGGUGUUCCAAGAGCAAUCGACUGCGGUGGAAGUGGCAGAGAAACCUAGAAAGAAGAAGCUGUCGAUGUUGGAGGAUAUGGAAGACGGUGGAGAUAGGGAUUAUGAUCUGUCGGGAGAUGAGGAUGAGUUGGAGGAAUCGGAGUCUGAGCUGGAUGAGCCAUCGGUCAAGAAGGUGCGUGUGGAUGAAAGCGAGAGUUCUGAAGAGGAACAGGAACAUGCGGAAGAGAUGGCACAAGAUCAAGAAGAUCAGGAAGCAGAAGAAGGCGAUCGUAAGCGCAAAAUCACCUACCAGAUGGCCAAGAACAAGGGUCUCACGGCGCGCAAGAAGAAGGAUCAGCGAAACAUUCGGGUCAAGAACCGCAGGAAGUUCCAGAAGGCCCAUGUGCGCCGCAAGGGAACGGUUCGACCGGUCCGAACGGAAACGACACGAUACGCUGGGGAAGCGACCGGAAUCAAGGCUUUCAUCAAGAGGAGCAUCAAACUCAAGUAAUGGUAAGCAUAGUUAUUGGCUCUUUAUUGUUAGGAUUAGAACAGUGUCACAAAAAUAUACACUUUUAUGUUGGUAACAGUUGUGUAAGGAUUGUAA